GUUUCUUUUUCAUAGCUCUUGUCAUUUACUUUUUCUUUCGCCUGGUCUUUCACAAACCUUGAGCGUCUCAGAUUACUGCCAAGGAGCUAGCUAGCUAGUGUUACACAAGGAAACAAAAUCACCAUGCCAGGACAUCACCAUCGUUCCGGUACUCUUCGCCAGCAGAACAAGAAAAACAAGCGAUCAACGUCUUCGAAGCGCAGCCUUUCCCGGGCUGCAGGUGGCAAAGUGAAUGCACGUACUCGAAGUGGACAAAGUGCUGCGCUUUUUGCGAGAUCGAAAGCAGACAGGGCCAAUCGGCUUCAGCAGAAACGUGAUUCCAAAAGGGCAGAAUUGCUUCGAAGGAAACGAGGAGUGUCUGGUGGCCCAGCUCCUCCACGGGUAGUGGGAAUAAUCAGCUUGGGAGCCUCAGAAGAAAUUGAAGAGAAGCUAAGGAAUUCUCUGCUUGAGAAAGGAGAAACCCUGCCUGGCAGGACAAAUGCUACUGUCACUACAAAAUUCGGAGUUCACAAGAAGGACGGUGCUUUGACUUUUCUGACAAAUUCUACCUCGUUUCGAGCCCAAUACGACAAGGAUUUUGCAGAAAAUGAUGCUGCUGUUCAAUCCGCACUGGAUCUAUGCCGUGUUUGCGACAUGAUUGUCUUUGUCAUUGAUACACACGCUUCGGUCAUGGAUAAUGUCGUGGAUAUCCAAAUUGGCGGUAAUGAUGACCCCUCUGCUAAGACUUUCAAGUCCGCAUCAUCCAACAACCAAGGACUCAAUCAUUGGGACCAUUUGAUCAGUGAUAGGGGCGAUCGCAUUUUGCACGCCGUCAAGAGCCAAGGUUUACCAUCUCUUUUGACUGUUCUCGCAAUUACAGACGAUGAGGAUGCAGGUGCUGACGACAUGAUGAGCGUCAAAAGCGUCAAGAGCGCCAGACGCUCCAAAACAAAACGAUUGCAAAGUCUAAGAAAGUACGCCAGCAGGUUUGCCCUGGCAGAAUUUGGACCUGACAAAGACACUGUCAUGGACGUCGACGUCUCCAAUUUGCAUGGCGGUAUGGAGGCAGAGAACCAGGAGGAAGGUUUUGUAUCGAACCCCGAAGCGGAUAUUGCUGCUCUAGUCAGAGCUCUAUGCACCAAGGCUGCCGCGCCAUCGAAAUGGGUCAUGGAGUCUCCGAGGCCAUUUGUGUUGUCAGAUUCUGUUCAUUUCGACGCAGCAAACAGAGAACUGAAAAUCUCUGGUUACAUUCGGGGGAAGAUCCCCCUGUCAGUUAAUUCGUUGCUUCAUGUGCCCAAUGUUGGCACUUACGGAUGCAAAAAGAUCGAAAGAAUCGAGCCUCUCCUGUCUCGUCGAAAGCACACCACUGAUUCCGGCAUGGUGGCAGUUCUGACUUCAGAUCCUAACAAACAAGAAAGUCUGGAUAUGUUCGCCAGCCCUGAUGCUCUCGAAGGAGAGCAAAACUUGGUCGGAUUCGACGAAGAGGGCGAUUUUGGCGAUGAAGCGAUGAAUGCACCUGAAGACACGGCAGAUAAAAAGUUUUCGAGACCUGCGGGAUGGUCAGACUACCAGAGUGCCUGGUUGGAUGCUGUCGAUGACGUGGGAGCUGAAUUCGACGCUGGCGAACUUGCAGAAGAACUCAACAAAAAGAAAUCGUCUUCCAAUUCUACCGUAGGCGGAAUGGACAUUGACGAUGCCAACGAAAUCUCAGAUGCAGAGAGACUCUUGCUGAAAGAGAAACGAACAAAAGAACAGAAUGAGCAUAACGAAUUCCCCGACGAAGUAGACGUUGGCGAAGAUGAAAAGGCGAUGGACCGAUUCGCUCGCUACCGGUCCUUAAAGAGCUUUCGAAAAUCAUACUGGGAUCCCAAGGAAAACCUACCUGAGUCCUACGCCAAUGUGUUCCAUUUUGCGAACUUUAAAGCGACUCAAAGAUCUGUGAUGCAAGAAAUGGAAGAUCUUGCAGCUGAUGCCGAGGAAUGGAACGGUGAAUCUCCUCAAACAAAUAGUAUGGACGAAGAUGACUCCGGCAGCGAGGACUUGUUCAGCGAUUGUGUGCCCUCUGGUGCGUAUGUAACCAUCACGCUCAACGGGGUUGAUGCAAACGCCGCGAACAGUCUCCCUGUGGACUCAGUACUGGUUGCAGUAGCACUUCUCCCACACGAAAACAAGGUUUCCGUCCUACAUGCAGGACUAAGCCAUUCUAGCGGUUGCAACAUUGACAACGAGUUCCCGGUAAAGAGCAAGGAUAAACUGACAAUCCGAUGCGGAUGGCGAACUUGGGAGACCAGACCAGUGUUCAGCCAGAACAACCUCAACUGCAACAAGCACAAGUUCGAACGAUUUAUGCCAUUGCAAGGCGCUUUUUUCGCCGCUACAUUCUUUGGGCCAGUUACGUAUACGCCGUGUCCUGUCCUUGUCUUUCGAAAGCAAGAGGACAAGCCGCAAGAGUUGUGCGCAAUUGGAUCUAUGAUUGGCGCCGACGCGGACCGAAUUGUCGUCAAGAGAGUUAUAUUGACGGGUUACCCGGUUCGUGUCCACAAGCGCCACGCAACAGUGAAGUACAUGUUCUACAACCCCGACGACGUUAAAUGGUUCCGACCGGCCGGAUUAUGGACAAAGCAUGGUCUCAAUGGAAACAUCGUCGAGAGUGUCGGAGACCACGGGACAAUGAAAUGCUUAUUCAAUGCCCCCAUCAAGCAACACGACACAGUAUGCCUUCCUCUCUACAAGCGCAUCUUUCCAAAGUUUGUCUUGUCCCAAGCAACCGACAGGCAGGAGGGCUCCAAGAGGAUGGAGGCAACCGAGAAACCAACUUUAGUGGUUCGCUAGCAGAAAAGUCUUCAGAUGUGGCUCUUCAAUCUGCCGCAAAGAUGUAUUAACUAUUAGAUUUUGUGUUCAUCAUGC